AUGAACAUCAGUCAAGUAAACUGCACCAAUGAUGACUUUCGUCACCUAUUGUAAUAAUUAGAAGCAAAGGAACCUUAUAAUUUACAACUUUAACUCAAAUAAGGUUAAUCUAACUAUUUAUUUUUUAGCUCAACUCCUACACAAAAUAUAAAAUUACGAAUAAGCUAAGAUUCAUUAUGACAAAGCACUUAAAAUAGAUCCAAACAACUUUUAAAUUUAUCUUGACAAAGGUUUCACCCUUAUUCAUAAUUUCUAGCAAAAACCUUAUUUUAAUUGAAAUAUUUUACAGAAGUUCUGGAAUGCAUAGAAUUAGCAGAUAAGAGAAGCACAAAUAAUCCUUUAGUCUAUCUUGCAAAAGGUAUUAAAAGUUUGUGAAUUUAAAAAGGAGGGUUCCUUGAAUUAUUAAAUUAGCCAGAAGAUGCUCUAAAUGUUUAUACGAAAGCUCUAAAUUAUGCUAGAUACAACUAAGAUAUUCCAAUAGCAAAAGGUUUGAAAUAAUUUAAUUAUAGCUAGUCUUCUAUAUAAAUUUAAUAAAUUUUAUGAGGCUAUUAAUACUAUGAACGAGGCUAUUGCUUAAGAUCCUUACAAUUUAGAUCUAUUAAAAUUUAAAGUCAAGUUAUUAGUCUUUUAAAAUAAUCAUGAAGAAGCAAAGAUUAAUAUUUAGGAAGUAGCAAAAUUAGAUCCAGAAUUUUCAACUUCAAAAAUUGAAAACUUUUUUAUUUAGGAUUUAGAAGAUUAGAAAUAAUCAUAAGUGCUAUAUUUUGGUUAUGAAGUCUAUCUCCUUAAGGGUUUAAAUUAAAAAUAAUUUUAUAGCUUUUGUUUUACAUGGUUUGCAAAAAUAUGAUGAAGUUAUUGAAUGUUUUGAUGAAGCUAUAGCAAAAUUUCCAAAUCAUAGAGAAAUUUAUCUUGAAAAAGGUAAAUUGUACUUAACUUCAAUAGCAACUUAUUUAAGUAAAUUGUAUAAGUUUGACCAGGCAAAUUUAUGCUAUGAUCAAGUAAUUAAUCAUUUUCCAGCUGAUUCUCAAAUUUAUUUAAAGAAGGGUAAGAAUGAUUAAAAUAUUAAAUCUAAUAGGCUAAAAUUUAAUUUCAUAACACAAAUAUUAGAAGGCUUUGGCACUCUAUGAUGAAGCAAUUUCAAAAAUACAUAAAAAUUUAGAUUUAUUAAUUGCUAAAGGUAUUCACUGAGAUAUAUUGAUUAGGUCAGCUGUUAGGAAAUUUGCAUAUGAAUGUUACAGCUAUGAAGUGUUUCGAAUCAGCAAUUAAAUAGUUUCCUUAUUAAUUUGAAUCUUACUUUUAUUAAGGUAAUCAAAUAACAAAUCUAAGGUGACUUUUUAAUUAAAUCGAAUAAAUAUUCUGAGGCACUCGAAUCUUACUAGAAAGCCCUUCUAUAUUCUCCCAAUAAUCAUGAGAUAUACAAUAAGAUCAGUAAAUUUAAUGUAUAUUUGAUUUAGUUGGCACUCUAAUUUCAAUAAAAAGUAAAGCAGAAGCUUUUAAUUUAUUUAAAGAGGCAUCCCUAAAGUUUCCCUACGAAUUCAGUAUACAAAUAAGUCUAUGUAUAUUAUUUAUUUAUUUAGUAACACAACUAACCUCUUCGGUUGAUAUUUACAAAGCCAUAGAACAGGAGAAUCUUAUUUUACGACUUGAUGCUAAUAAUCACUUACCAAACUUAGCAAAAGGUGUAGCUUAUUGUUAUAAUUAAGGCAUUCUCCUAGAUUUUUGGUCUCUUAGAGAUUAAGCGAUUGAGCAAGUGAGUAGAGCUAUUCUUUAAAACCCUUAUUUCACUUAUUCGUACAUCCAAAGGAGUAAGAAAUUUUACAUUUUAGGUCAUUUGAUAAUUUAGGAGAAUAAUAUUGAAGAAAUUAUAGAAUAUUUAGAUUAAGCUCUAUUGAUUGAUCCUUAUAACUCUGAAAUCUAUAUAAGAAAAGGUAAUAAUUAAAAGCAAAUUAAUAGCUGAUACUUUAAUAGAAGCAUCUAGGCACUCUGAGGCUUUCAAUUGCUUAGAGAUAGCUCUAGAGAGAGCAAAAUACGAUGAAAACAUUGUUAAUCGUUAAAGUAAAGAAAUAUUAAAUAGUAGUUGAAACAAUAAGAGAUUCUGAAUUAGAUAUUAACUUAGUUGAUUGUUAUGAGAGAGUGUUGAAAAUUAAUCCUUACCAAAUAGAGUUCUAUUGUGGUAAAGGUAAAAUACAUAAUUGUAAAUAUAGGAAAGGUUCUGUUCAGAUAACUGGAUUAUGAGAAAGCAUUAAGUUGCUAUGAUUAAGUAAUUAAAAUAAAUCCAUUUUAUAUUGAUGCAUAUUUAUAGAAAGGUAUAUUUUAAAAUAAGAAUAGCUUUACUAUUACAUUAUUUAAAUUAGUACGAUAAAGAAAUCACUUAAUAUGAGAUAGCAAUAUCGAUAGACCCCACAAAUUGCGAGGUUUUUGAAAAGAAGGGUAAAUUUUAUUAAUACAAACAGCGUUUACCUUAGCUAAUUUAAAUCGAUUAGAAGAAGCAAUUUAAUGUUUCAAUGAGGGAAUUUAAUUGAAUUCGCAAAAUAAAAAAAUUUAUCUUUAAAAAGGUGGGAGUAAUUGAUUUAUUAAAUAGCUGAAUUUUUAAGAAUUUAUGAUAGAAGAUAAGAAGCUAUUCAAUGUUAUGAUGAUGCAAUAUUGGCAUCAAUAAACGAUCCUUAGAUCUACCAAAAAAAAGGUAAAAAUCUAUAUAAAUACAUAGGUGCAUUGUUACUCAAAGAAGAGAGAGCGUAUGAAGCUAUGCUAUGUUACAAUACAAUUUUAGCAUCAUUUCCUUAGAUGACCAAAUGUUAUAGAUAUAAAGGUGUAAGAGAUUCAAAUGUUUAGGAAUUUGUUUAUUCAAGUAGCAAGAUUUGA